AUGGCGAUGGAACAUAAGCGCUAAUUCACGAGCGGUGGUCCCAGCUCCAAUUCGUAAAUGAGUUAGUUAUUUAUAUCAAGAGAUGGAUAUUCAUCGAGAAAAAUUAGCUUUGCGAAGAAAAUAUUAUUUCAAAUCUUAACAUUGCCUGGUUUUAUUCGUGUACAUUCCUGCUUAAAUUCAGAAGGGAGAGGACAACUUCACACAGCCAUGGCGGAGGAACGUCGGCCGAAGCAGUGCACGGUCACGGUGCCCACAGAGUCCAUGAAGGCCAUGGCAGAGUCUGUGGGAGUGGGGCAGCUGCAGGAGGAAAGCUGCGCGGCCCUGAGUGAAGAAGUCAGCUACAGAAUAAAGGAAAUUGCACAGGAUGCGCUCAAAUUCAUGCAUCAUGGAAAGAGACGUAAAUUAACCACCAGUGACAUAGAUAAUGCUCUCAAACUAAAAAACGUGGAGCCGCUGUAUGGGUUCCAGACCCAAGAGUUUAUCCCUUUUCGCUUUGCAAGCGGUGGUGGGAGAGAGCUUCAUUUCUAUGAGGAAAAGGAAGUCGACCUCAGUGACAUUAUUAACACGCCGCUGCCCAGAGUUCCCCUAGAUGUGUCCCUCAAAGCCCACUGGUUAAGCAUCGAGGGGGUGCAACCUUCUAUUCCAGAAAAUCCACCACCAGCACCAAAAGAGCAACAAAAGGUUGAAUCGACAGAGCCGCUCAAAGUGGUCAAACCUGGUCAGGAGGAGGAGGGUAUGAUUCAUGGCAAGGGGAUGACAGCUGCUGAUGGCAAAGGAAAGGAUAAGGGUCUAAUAAGGUUGAAGCCUCGCAGCACCCAUGAGCUCUCUGUGGAACAGCAGCUCUACUACAAGGAAAUCACAGAAGCUUGUGUUGGCUCCUGUGAAGCCAAGAGAGCUGAGGCUUUACAGAGCAUUGCUACAGAUCCUGGACUGUAUCAGAUGCUUCCAAGAUUCAGUACAUUUAUCUCUGAAGGAGUUCGUGUCAAUGUGGUGCAAAACAACCUGGCUCUGCUCAUCUAUCUCAUGCGGAUGGUCAAAGCUCUCAUGGACAACCCCACGCUGUAUUUGGAGAAAUACCUGCAUGAGCUCAUCCCAGCUGUGGUGACGUGUAUUGUGAGUAAGCAGCUGUGUUUGCGACCAGAUGUGGACAACCACUGGGCUCUACGAGACUUCGCCGCUCGCCUCAUGGCCCAGAGUUGUAAAACCUUCAGCACAACAACCAAUAACAUCCAGUCCCGAAUCACCAAGACUUUUACUAAGAGUUGGCUGGAUGACAAAACCCAGUGGACGACACGUUACGGCUGCAUCGCUGGACUGGCUGAACUCGGACCGGAUGUCAUCAAGACGUUGAUCCUUCCUCGGCUUACUGUAGAGGGUGCUCGCAUCAAAGCAGUGAUGGAAGGACCGGUGGUCUCUAAUAUUGAUAAGAUAGGAGCUGACCACGUUCAAAGCCUCUUACUGAAACACUGUGCAAGUGUUAUUGCCAAGAUCCGACCUCAGCCCGACAGCGUGGAGCAGUAUCGGAUGGACUACGGGUACCUCGGACCGAUGCUCUGCUCCCAUGUCAUGAAGGCCAGGACUCAAGCAGCACUGCAAGCUCAACAAGUCAACAGAACAACAUUAACAAUCACACAGCCUCGGCCGACCCUCACUGUCUCACAAAGUGGGCCGCGCACUCCCAGCAUCAUCAAGGUCCCUAGCUCUCUCACCCUGAUGUCCCCUCGACCAGGGACCCCUUCACAGCCGUCUCCCCCGGCAACAAAGUACAUUGUGAUGACGACCAGUGCAGGUUCCUCCUCAAGCCAGCAGGUCAUCACCCUCAGCUCUUCCCAGUCCCCCUCCCCAGUCACCAGCACUGUUCCCAGCGCCACGUCCACCUUGCAGCCUCUGGUCAAACUGGAGCCUGGCGGUGGCUCCGGACUGACGGGGACACGACCUAUGCAGAAGUACAUUGUUGUAUCUCUGCCCUCGUCUGCCUCUUCCUCUUUGGAGGCUAAGAGCUCGGUGCUACCAACGUCAAUUUCCUCAAACCCUCUAGAAGCAGUCAUGAAGCUCGACCGGUCGGAGUCUCCUGGAGCGAGCACGCAGUCGCCUCACUGAGACUCUCAUAGGUAGUUUUUAUCGUGUUGAUGCCGCUGAACACACAAGGAGGUUUGUUUGGGUUGAACUUAAAGGGGUAAACUCUGGAGUGGUAUGAAGGGGAAUAUCUGAGCUCUUGACUGAUGAAGAGCAAAUGUGACUAGACAUUGUAAAUAUGUUAAUGCCCAAUGAAAACUAAGGUCCAGCUGUGAGAUGUUUCAGCUUAUAUUCAAAUUGAUUUCAUGUUCUUUUUUUACUCUAAAAUAAAUCAGAUUUUGUAUGAAAUUCUC